UGGUCGCCGCCGCCAGGGGGAACCGAGCGCGGAGAGUGGCUGGCCUGCCGCCUCCCUGCGCACGACGGGCCCUGAUUGGCCGCUCGAAGUCUAUUUUACACUACCCUGUCCUCAUGCUCAACCUCUUCUCGAGAUUCCUGGCCAUCCGUGCGGGCCAGCUUCAACGGCGGCAGCUGUGGUCUCGAGUCGGCGCCAAGCUGAACAGUGCACCAGGUAUUAGCACCAUGCCCGGAUCGGUGACUGAGAGCAACCUAACCGAGAGCCAAACACGUGCCAUGUGGAGAGCCGCCGAUUGUGUCUGCUUCGACGUCGAUUCGACGGUGUGUAUGGACGAAGCCAUCGACGAACUUGCCCGGUUUUCAGGCAGGGACAAGGAAGUUGCUGAAUUAACAAACAAGGCUAUGCGUGGGGGCAUGACAUUCAAGGAGGCACUGGAGCUGCGCCUAGAACUCAUUCAGCCGACAGCACGCAUGCUUCAGGAAUACAUCGAGCAGAACCCACCACGGCUGUCUGUUGGCAUUGAGGAGCUGGUGGCACAAUUGCAAUCUCGUGGAGUCGCCGUUUAUCUGGUCUCUGGGGGUUUCCGAUCCAUCAUCGAGGGAGUGGCAGACGAGAUUGGCAUUCCUCGCAAGAACAUUUUUGCCAAUCAAAUAAAGUUCUACUUUAAUGGCGAGUAUGCCGGCUAUGAUGAGAAGCAGCCAACAUCUCAUCAAGAUGGCAAAGCUCGGGUGGUGUCCUUUCUAAAGCAGAAAUAUGGCUACCAGCGAGUUGUCAUGGUCGGUGAUGGGGCAACGGAUCUGGCAGCUUGCCCUCCUGCGGACGCAUUCGUUGGAUACGGUGGAAACCAAGUGCGUGAAAAAGUCAAGAAGGCAGCUUCGUGGUUUGUCUACAGCUUUGAUGAGCUAGUGCAAGAGCUGAAUAGGAACUGACACGACACCACUUUUCUUUGUUGAGCCGCAUAUUUAUUUUUGUACAGUAUUUUAUUGUCCUUGUAAGCUGUUCUUAAUAGUUCCGCUCUUAUUGAAACAAGGGGGGACACAUCAAGGCUGAGCUUCAUUUUGCAGCUGUCUUGCGAUUGUUGGUCAGGAACACCUUUUUGCUACCAGUCAUGAUUCAUUCUAAAAUUGUGAUUGGAUGGGAAGUUGCAAAGGUGUUACAAACAUAUCUGUUCAUGCUCUUCAAAGGAGUGACAGUGACGGUCCAAAUGCUGAGCUCUCAAAUAGUAUAAUCGUAUUGCUCGAAUGAAUUUUGCACACACUGUGAAGAAAUGCAGCUUAGCCGAAAAAUGUUUUUCUAGUGCUUCUCUUAAAAUCACUUACUGUGACAGCAAGGAGAGAUCUGUUCUAACACAAGCGAGUGCACCUUUUAUUUUUAUACACAUAGAUUUGUUUUAAAAACACGGCAAUUGAGGACAAUUUCGUUGCAGGGCUUCGAUGGCCCUGUUUUAUAUUUUAUGGAAAUGGUACCUGAAGCAAAAAGUUGCUUGUCGGUUUGUUCUGGACGUGCAGUUUCAACCUCAAAACCACGUCCUGAUCUUGUCGUGCGAUUUUAGUCAAAUAACUGGAGUUGUCGGCCCUUUAUGCCAAAUAAAAUUGGCACUCCCAAUGGCUUGCAA